AUAUACGUCUCCUGAGGCCUCCUUCGCCAGACUUGAUCUCAGGUGCUUGCGGCGACAUGGGUCCUCUUAAUCUUUUGCCUUUGUUGGUGGCGGGAUGCUUGGCCGCCCCCUCAGACCUCCUGAGCUUGCCGGCGUCUGCUGGUUUACACGUUUCCUCCUCGGGUCCCCUGGAGGUGAAGACGGUCCAGAUCCCCGCGCCCUUGGCUGUGGCUCCUGCUGUGGUUCCUCCUGCGCUCACCUUUACCUCCGUCGCCGAACAGGCCUCAGAAGCUGAGCUGAAACAACACCAGAUUUCUGUCCCGGCCUCCGUCGUCAUCAACCCCGCGCUUCCCUCGGCGGCGGUCAUCCCCCCCACCUUCGCCGCUGCUCCUGCCGUCGCCGUUGAUGGGGUUUCGGUCGUGGCCUCUGCUUUCGCCCCGUCCAACGUGCGCCUUGAUGUGGCCGCGCCCGUGCCCUUCGGCGACGCCCCCGCCCCCGAACAACUGGUGCAGCGAGUGCCUGUGAAGGUGGCCGGCCGCCCCGUCAUCUCGCACACCCCCCAGGUCACCGAGGUUCGGCCCGAGCUCAAGAUCAUCGACAAGACCUACGACGUGGCCGUGCCCAAGCCCGUCUACGAGACCAAGGAAGUGACUCCCAUCGAGCACAAGUUCGUGGCCGAGCCUUAUGCCGUGCCCCAGCCCUUCGCCGUGCCCCAGCCUUUCGCCGUGCCCCAACCCUAUGCCGUGCCUGUACCUGUUGCAGAACAAGUGCACGUGCAACACCACGUAGCUGCUGCUCCUGUUGCAGGCCAAUAUGUAGCUGCUACUCCUAUUGCAGGUCAGUAUGCAGCUGCUGCUCCUAUUGCAGGCCAAUACGCAGCUGCUGCCCCUGUUGCAGGCCAGUAUGUAGCGCCUGCAUCCGGCGUCCUGCACCACAGUCAGUCCUUCCCUCUUGUCAGUCCUGCCGUUCAGACUGCAUCUGCGUAAUCUAAACAAUUGCUACUUAGGAUCUUCAGCUAAACCCUGAAGAAUUUGUAAACACAAAUGUACUUCUCAUAAUGCGCACGAUCGUAAAGUAAUAAAAUAAACAGUCUUCAAUCCUCA